CAGCAAAUACGGUGCGGUCGUGUUGGUUUUUCAAUUCUACCUCCUUUCUGAUGCCUAACGUUCCUGUUCUCUAUAAGAUUCUUUAAAUAAAUAAAGGAUAAAAAGGCAGAGGGAAAGAUUCUCUUAAUAUUCUCUUUUGCAACUCUUGCACUAUAUAAUUUCAUAUACGAAAGUCUUUUUUGAAGACGUUCAUCUCCUCGUGCAAAUACUCCUACCGCCUCAUCUGAAUACAGAAAGACAGUUUUAGUGUUCAACCAGAAAAUGGGUAUAACCUACUAUGGAAAGUGACAAGACGAUCAAGAACAGUUGUGAUAAGUCCAAAACUACAGAGUUUAAUAUUAACAGGAAAAUAUUUGUUGGAAAUAUCAGUUACAGGGUAAAAUCAAGAAAGUUGACGAAGUUCUUCAGUAAAUUUGGACCAGUGGAAUACUGUUACAUUGCAAAGGAUCAUAUCAAGAAAUGGUCCCGAGGGAUUGCAUUUGUGACAUUCAAAGAUGAAGAGUCAAUGCAGAGAGCUCUCCAGGCAUCUGAAGAGGAACUUUUCUUUGAUGAAAGACAGAUGAGAGUAAAACCUGCAGAGCUUUCAACAAAGGCAACUUACUGGCAGAACAGACAUAAAGAUGAUGAUGAUGAUGACAGUGAUGUUGAAGAAGAAAUGGAACAUCAUAGUGAUGUUGACCAUACCACUGAUCAGUCACAGGUAAAUCCAGAUACUCCAUCUAUGAUAGACAGUCUGUUUGACGAUGUUUUACUGCGUAUAUUCUCCCUGCUGUCCUGGAAGGAACGUAUAGGUGUGGAACGCGUGUGCUGGAGGUGGAAGCAUCUUGUACAGAGGACAUGGGCCUCAGAAAAACACCUGCAUUUUCAGAAUAUAUUUAGACAAUUUCAAGGUCUAACAGAUGAGAAGUUGAACUCUGUGCUGCUGAGGUGUGGUCAGUAUUUGGAAUCCCUUGAUUUAUCUGCAUCGCCUAGACUUCUAACUGAUUUUACCAUGGAUAUCAUUGGCAAAUACUGCCCAGAGAUAAAGGAGCUGGACCUAUCAGCUAUCACAGUGACAGAUGUGUCUUUGAGAAACCUUGUCUCCAGAUGUACAAACUUACAUAAAGUCAAGUUGAAAAGAUGUCUUCAUGUUUCUGAUAAAGGAGUAAACACAAUUUUGACAUCUGGACAGCCACUGUCACACCUAGAUCUCACUGAUGUUUCACAGCUUACAGGAAAGUGUUUCAAGACUCUGCAGUGUGAUCUAGACUCAUUGAAGAAUUUGGUGCUCAUAAACUGUUGCAAGGUGAAUGAUAGCAGCUUCAAUAACCUAGUCUGUCAUAGCAGGAACUUGGAGGAAUUAUACAUAAAUAACUGUAGAGGUCUUAGUGGGGUUGCACUCAGGGAGAUUUGUCAAAAUUGUUCCCAUCUUAGAGUAUUCCAUGCUGCCGGUGUCAAAUUUGACACAGAUGCAUUGGAGGGUUUGAAGAAACUCUCGAUACUGGAAGAAUUAAAUCUUUCCUUAUGUCAGAUGGUGACAGAUGUUGUCCUUGUGUCAGUCAGUGAACAUUGCAAGAGGUUAAGGUACAUAGAUGUUAGUGGUUGCCAUGCUGUUACAGACCUUGGUGUGAAAUCCUUGUCUCAGCUGUCACAGUUAAAUUCCAUUAACAUCAGUUAUUUAAACCAGGUAACAGAAGACAGUGUAAUAAAACUUGCUCAAGUUGGCAAUCUAGUGAAGUUUGUUGCCAGGGCAACCACAUUUCCCUCAGAUGAUGUAAUUACAGAAUUAGUUACUUUGUGUCCCAGACUAAAUCAUAUAGAUCUCAGUGGAUGUUUUCAAGUAACAAAUAAGAUGUUUGAGGGCUUCAGGAAUAGACCAGAGUCAAACAAAACUGUUGAUCUUGUACUUGGAGGUACUUCUGUAGACUGGUUAUCAGAUGAUGUAGACUGGAUUAAAACAGGAAUUAUACAUCUUAAUGUCUCGAUGUAUAAUUUUGCUAUAGAUGAUUUACGGGCUGAUCGAGAUAUUGUCUUACCUUCCUAUGAUGAGGAGAACUGGGAUGAUGAAAUUGAUGAAUACCCUCCCCAUCCUCCUCUUUCAGCUUACCAGCAGGAUCAUGUAGAGAUGUGCAAUGAUUGGUGCGAUGAUGACGAUGAUUAUGACGAUGAUUUCCUUGACAAUGAUGACCCAUUGGAAUAUGAGCGAUGGAAUAUGUCAUGAAAUGUUGUUGCAUUGUUAAAAUAAACAUUGAUCUGUAAUACA